GCCCUGUCCCUGUUGCGAGGGCGGGCCGAGCGGGGCCGGCAGAAGGGAGGCGGGCCUCGAGCAGAGCCGAACAGAAGAGAGCCUUUCUCUGCGAGGGAAGGAGGCGGAGGCGGCUCUUGUUUUCUUCGCGGCAGACUUAGCUCAGCUGGGCUGAGGUGACCGGCUGGCCGCCUUGCCCCGCCGGAUGCCAUGAGUGGGUCGGGGCUGCCAGGAGGCGGCGGCGGGUCUGGGUUGCCUCCUCUGCCGAAGAGCCUGAGCGGCUUGUUGAAUUCUUCAAGCGGGAUCGGCCCCGGCGGAGCAGGCGGGCGCUGGCGGGACCUGGAGCGGCUCUACGCGCAGAAGUCCCGCAUCCAGGACGAGCUGAGCCGCAGCGGAGGCGGCGGAGGGGGAAGGGGAUCCCCGCGGCCGCCCAAGCCUCCCAACCUGGACGCCGCUUUGGCCUUGCUGCGGAGAGAGAUGGUUGGUCUCCGGCAGCUAGAUAUGUCAUUGUUAUGUCAACUAUACUCCCUUUAUGAAUCAAUUCAAGAAUAUAAAGGUGCCUGCCAAGCUGUAUCAAGUGCAGACUGUGCAUAUGCUCUGGAAAAUGGCUUUUUUGAUGAAGAGGAGGAAUAUUUCUAAGAACACAGCCGUUCCCUGGAGUAGAGCUGAGAUCAUCGGCGUCUAAUUGGAACUUAAAGUGCAUUCCUGCCUUGUGCUGAAGAAAAGACGCUCUGCUACUUUGCAGCCCAUUUAUUUCUGGCAUGCUGUCAACCCAAGUUACACAUUGUGUGAAUCCUCCUUUAAGGAAAGCCAUGUGCGACAAAUUUUAAGGCGUCCUCAAGCAUGUUUGACAGGCCAUGUCAGUAUAAUUUGUGAACUGGGUGUUUCCAGUUUGCACAUGUUGGAAAAUAACUUUCUAUUAACUGUUGCUUGGGAUGAUGCAAGGAAGAAAUGACAUCUGGAGUGUUCUGACAUGUAAAACAUUAGUAGUUAUAAUUAUAUAUGUAUUUUGUAAACAUUUGAAUAGUCUUUGAACUGAUGUUUUGACUUUUUAAAAAAAGUUUUGUUAAAAAUUCAAAGCAAUGAGGACCAACAUGUACCUUCUCCAGUACUGUAUUAGAUAGACUUUUCAAAAUCUCAGAUACACUUCUAAAAGCCUCUUACCAUAUUUUUUCCUAUCCCAAAGUUUACAGAUGUUAGGAUUCUUUCCCCAGUGAUCCAGUUCACUCUUUCACUCACAUAAGUUUUAGCUAUUUUAAUCCAAUCAAUUUAAAGUUUUGUAACACUUGGUAUAUUUUUACACAAAUACAGUGAAAGCAAAUGGGUCUUCCUUAUUGCAAGCUUAUAUAAGUGUAAUUAGAUUGCUUAUUCAGUGAAUAGUAAUAUAAAGUAAAUUUCACACAAAUUGAGACCAACAGCAGUAUUUUAUACUCCUUAAUGCUUGGAAGAGAGCUGUGAACUUUUUAUCUUAUAAAUCCAAAGGAUGUGUACAAAUUAUUUGUAGGUUAUUCUAUGCCGCUUUUUUAUACUAUUGUAACAGAAAACUCAAGCUUGACCUGUAAUUUAUUAA